AUGGCCACUGUUCUUGUUACCGGCGGCUCAGGCUAUGUAGCCUCUCACCUAAUCUUGAAGCUGCUACAAGAUGGCUACACCGUCCGAACCACACUUCGAAGCCUUUCCAAGGAGCGGAAUGUCAGAUCAGUAUUACAAAAAGCCGGCGCAGGAAAUAUGGAUCGCCUGUCAUUUCAUGCUGCCGAUUUGACUCAGGAUAAAGGCUGGGAUGAAGCUAUCCAAGGCUGCACUUACGUCCACCACGUCGCAUCACCAUUUCCCGGAGGGGAACCAAAAGACGAAAAUGAGUUAAUCAUCCCAGCAAGAGAGGGAACUCUACGAGUCUUAAAGGCAGCUCGAAACGCUCAUGUUAAAAGAGUAGUAUUCACAUCCUCCUUUGCCACAAUCGGAUACGGAGGCAAGGACCGGCUGGAGCCAUACACUGAAGAAGACUGGUCCGUGUUGGAUGGCCUACCAGCAUAUCACAAAAGCAAGACUCUGGCGGAAAAGGCUGCCUGGGAGUUCAUCGAAACUGAAGGAGGAGAUCUGGAGCUCAGCGUCGUCAACCCAGUUGGCAUAUUCGGCCCUGUUCUGAGCAACGACAUGUCAUCGUCCAUUACACUCAUCUUGAAACUCAUGGACGGAAGCAUUGGCAAAUGCCCUCGAACAUAUUUCAACAUCGUGGACGUCCGUGAUCUGGCCGAUCUACAUAUCCGGGCUAUGCUCGACCCUGCGGCAAAAGGUGAACGCUUCAUUGCAAGUAGUGACGGCAAACCCAUGGCACUAUUCGACGUUGCCCGGACUAUUUCCCAAGGUCGUCCCGAAAAGGCAAAAAAGGUUCCAACAGGCGAAAUGCCUUCAUGGGUGGUUCGGAUUGCCGGUAUCUUUAGCCCUACCGCUCGGCAGGUUGUGCCAGUUCUCGACGUUAUAAGAGCACUCAGGAAUGAAAAGUCGAAGAAAACACUUGGAUGGACGCCUAGAACGCCACAGCAGACCAUCCUUGAUACGGUGGAUAGCCUGAUUGAGCAUGGUAUUGUAUAG